AUGAGGACAAUGGAGAGUGACAUGGCUGCGCUGGAGCUAAACAUUGAAGCAGAAUUUGAACCUGAGGUAGAGGUUAAAGGCAGUAUCUUGUCAUUCACUGAAAAAUUCUCGUCAUCCUUAGAGAAGAUGCCGCCAAUGCCGACGCCGCUCAACAUUAUCGACGAUGAUGACGAUGACAUUACGAGUCAUCUGCUGAGUAUGUUGGCUGAGGAGAUUUCCCAGAAGAAACGAAAGCGAAAUCUUAAGACUGCUGGGCCCAGUACUACGGGAAUUCGACAUCGAAAGGCGCUGGCGCUGGCAUUGCCAGACGAUGGACUCAAGCGUGAAAAGAACCGCGAUUCGGUCAAGCGCUUGUACUACCGAAAAUUGGAGACUAUUGGGGAACUGAGAGCACACACGCAGUACCUACGCGAACAAUACAACAAUCUGUUGGCUCAAUGGGAGGACAAGACAGAGAGGCAAAGGGAUGAAACAGCCGUAGACCCGUCUAGUCUUAUGAAGAGGUAUCUGGAACUCGCGAGGCUACGUGACCGACUUUGGAUGGAAAACACGCAGCUACAUGAGCAAUUUGAGGAUCGUGAGAAAAUCUCGUUCCGCUUUCAGCGACUGUUUGACAUUAAUUACCAGCUCAUGGACCACUCACAUGCACCACCUAUUGAUGAUGAGAAUGGCAAGCGUCGCGUGCAGACGCCCAUGCUUAUAAUGGACGAAAUGUCUUUCGAGAACUUCAACAAAUUUGCACAGGAUGCGCACCGCACGUUUGAGACUUUCCUUGCUAGUCGCCACCGCAUGAUCACGACAGAGACGGCUCUUGGAUGGACAUGCUCACAUGUGGCCAAGGACAACUCGUUUGGAUACUACUUUGAGAAAAACUUUUGCUGCAGUUCUUAUGAGUGUGCGCCGGAAGUGGCGCGUGCAGCUUGGCAGACGCUCACGUCGCCUGAUAGACACUCGAAACUAUACGCACCGGCUCUGCACACGCGCUUCCACAUCAUGCAACAGUUUGAUAACAAUAGCUACGUGCUUUACCGCACGAUGGAGAAGGAGGGAGAGGACUCGAUCACCACGGCGCUUAUCAUUAUGACGCGCAUCCAACAUCCGAACGAGACGGGCUGCCUCAUCAUUUGCAAGGGUCUGCGUCGCGAGGAGCAUACACUUCACGUCGAAUUCAGCGAGGCGAUGGCGUUGCAGAAGAAGAAGGAGUGGCGACAGUCCAUGUAUUGGAUUAACAUCGAAGAGGUACUUGCCGACGAUAGCAAAAACAGCGAGGAUGUACAGAACGAAGAGAAGAAGCUUAAGGUUGUGCAUGGUGGCAUUAUGAACAACAUGGGCGACCGCAGUCGCUCCUUCUGGCUAUUUGAGAACCUCCAGAUUGCUCUGCGUUGGGAGCAAAACCUUGGCCUGGGUACACCUCUUAGUUAG